ACACAUUGAAAUUGACCAAUCAGACGUCUACACAUGUUUUCAGGGUUGUAUGGAGUGUAUUUGAAUGAUCUUGUAAAAUCUAAUGCAAUUUUUAAUAAAACUGUGUUAAAACUGGUACCCAUAUCGUACCUGAUCGCGACACGAUGCAACUAAGCUCGUGUAGUUGCUUUAUUUUACUAAACUUAAUCUCAAUUACGUUGGUGUUAGCUGGUAGAGACUUUUAUAGAAUCCUAGGUGUAUCCAAAACUGCCAGUCUCCACGAAAUAAAGAAAUCUUACAGAAGAUUAGCCAAAGAACUGCAUCCUGACAAGAACAAGAAUGAUCCUAAUGCUUCGAAGCAGUUCCAGGACCUCGGAGCAGCGUAUGAGGUGCUUUCAGAUGAAGAAAAAAGGAAGAAGUACGAUAGAUGUGGAGAGGACUGCUUGCAGAAAGACGGGAUGAUGGACGGGAAUAUGGAUCCUUUCGCCAGCUUCUUCGGAGAUUUCGGGUUUCAUUUCGGUGGCGAACAGAAACAUGAGACACCCAAAGGUGCUGAUCUAGUGAUGGAUGUUUUUGUCACCCUAGAAGAUCUCUAUACAGGUACUUUCAUCGAAAUAACCCGCAACAAACCAGUAAUGAAACCCGCAAAGGGCACUCGAAAAUGCAACUGUCGCCAGGAGAUGAUUACAAGAAACCUAGGCCCAGGCCGGUUCCAAAUGACACAGCAAACGAUGUGCGAUGAAUGUCCAAAUGUCCAACUAGUGAACGAAGAACGUGUGCUCGAGAUGGAAGUUGAACCGGGAAUGGUGGACAAACAAGAGACGAGGUUUACCGCCGAAGGAGAACCACAUUUGGACGGAGAUCCAGGGGAUCUGAUAUUGAAGAUCAGGACGCAACCGCACCCGGUGUUUGAAAGGAAGGGGGAUGAUUUGUAUACGAAUAUAACUAUCAGUUUAGAGGAUGCAUUGGUAGGUUUCACUAUGGAGAUUCCUCACUUGGAUGGCCAUCUGGUGUCAAUCACGAGAGAUAAAAUAACGUGGCCCGGAGCUAGAAUCAGGAAGAAGGGUGAAGGCAUGCCUAACUAUGAGAACAACAACCUGCAUGGUAUUUUGUAUAUAACUUUUGAUGUAGAAUUUCCUAAGCAAGAAUUGUCAGUGGAGGAUAAAGAAGCAAUCAAGAAAGUGCUCAACCAGAAGUCUGUGAAUAAAAUCUACAAUGGACUGAGAGGGUAUUAGAAAGUGUGUAUGUGUAUAGAGACAAUGAACAAGACUUUUAUUUCAUGUACUUUGUAUUGAUCUACCUAUUAGGUGAUUCUUUCAAGUAUUUUUGGUCAGCUAUUUGCUGAUUAUGCAAAAAAUGUUUAUUUUGUACCAAAGGUACUUAGAAUUUUUCCAAUUUGUUCCCUUUUUUGCUCCAGUUGUAACUUGGAGUUGCUUGAAGCCUGUGUUAAUUUAUUUAUGUUAUGAUUUGUUAUCACGACUGAGAAAAUAUAUGUGGUAUAAAAUUUUUACGAAGUUUGUUUUUAACAAUGCCUCAUUUUCACAGUUAAAAUUAUAGAUUUGUAUAGGCAAAAUACGAGACAAAACCGACGAUUUCAAAGGAUAUGAAUAAAAAAUGGUAAGUGAAUUAAUUCGUGAAACGAAGUUCGAGAUUCUUAAAAAUGUUGACCUCUCUAAUGAAAUUUAUUUACUGUGCAUGAAGAUCGUCGAAAAACUCUAAUUUUUCAAAAGUUGGCUACGACACAAAUCAAAUUUUAAAAAAAGUGUUACAUUUAGUCCUUAAAAGGGGAAUUUAUAAAUUUUACUAUGCAAUUAAACAGCUAACGAACAAAUCCAAGUUACUACUCUUAAUAUAGGGCUGUAUUCCAGUGGCGCAACACCAAAAUUUUUUGGUUUGAUAAGAAGUGCUAAUAAAAAUUUAAUUUUCAAAAA